AUGAACUUUGUCGGUGAGCUGGGUAAACGUUCAGGACUUCAAUCUCUCAUUUUACGGUGUCUUUUAAGCUUUGCGCCAUUUUGUAUUUUGAGUUACCGCAAAGCGAAUUAAUAUGGCUGACAAUAUAAAAAUUGAAGACUAUCAUGAAGAGGACAUGAAAAAUAACAGUAGAGAUGGUGGUCGCAGACGUAAUGACAACAGACAAGACCGCCGACAAAUGGGACAUGGACCAAGACAAGGCAAUGAUAACUGGCCCCGGAAAGAUGUCGUAAAAGAAAGACUUGAAUUCAUGAGUGGACCAACAACCAAUCUUGUCAGCAAGGAAGGAGUUUCUGUGAAGAAAUUUACUGGACGUUGUCGUCUUUUUGUUGGAAAUUUACCUACUAGCAUCACAGAUGACGAAUUCCGGAAGAUGUUUCAACAGUUUGGUGAAAUAGCCGAGGAGUAUCUGAACAAACAGAAAGGUUAUGGAUUUGUCAAGUUGGAUACCCGUCAAAAUGCUGAAAAUGCCAAAGCUGCUUUGGAUUUUACAGUAAAAGAUGGAAAAUCGUUACGUGUAAGAUUCGCUACUCAUGGAGCUGCUUUAAAAGUGAAAAAUCUCUCACCCUGGGUUUCAAAUGAACUCCUUGAAGCAUCAUUUUCAGUUUUCGGUGAUGUAGAAAGGGCAGUUGUUAUUGUUGAUGACAGAGGAAGGCCUGUUGGAGAGGGUAUAGUUGAAUAUGCAAGAAAACAGUCCGCACAAUUAGCUAUCAAGAGAUGCAAUGAAGGAUGUUAUUUGCUUACUAGUUCCCCAAGGCCUGUUGUUGUGGAGCCAUUAGAACAAAGAGAUGAAGAAGAUGGGUUGCCCGAAAAGAAUUUCCAGAAAGGUAAUAAACAGUACCUUAAGGAGAGAGAGAUUGGACCUCGUCUUACCGAGCCUGGUACUUUCGAACAUGAAUUUGCUAAUCGAUGGAAAAAGUUGUACGAACUAGAACAGAAAAAGAGGGAACAUUUAGAAAAAGAAAUUGAAGAGGGUAGGAGGCAGCUAGAUGAGCAGAUGGAAUAUGCAAUUUAUGAUCAUGAGGCAAACCUGUUAAGAGAGAGAUUACGCCACAUGGAAGAGCAAAGUAACAUGAUUCAAAGAGAAAGAGAGUUGAGGCGUGAAGAAGAAAUUAGAAGGGAAGAAGCAAGGCGUCAACAAGAAAUGCUACUUCGCCAGCAGCAAGAAGAGCUUUUGCGUAAUGAUAUGAGAAGGAUGCAAGAUGAAUCCAUGAUGAUGCAGGCAUCUGGAUAUGGAGACAUGAUGGAUAGGGAUCCAGGCUUGCGUCAAAUGCAGAGUGGCCCUAUGUCACCAGGAAUGAAUGUUGAUCCUUUAUCCGCAUCUGCUCCUGGUUAUGGCCCUAAUGGCAUGAUGCAAGGAGCUGGUAUUGGAAUGCCACCACCGCGUCAGUCACGUUUUGAUCAGCCACCCAUGGGUGCCAAUUAUUCUUCAUCAAAUGAGUUAAAUGACAUGGGGGGUCCACCUUCAGGUGGCGGCCCUGGUGGCAGGGGUGGUAUGAGAGGUGCUCCUAUUCCCCCUCAUGAAAUUAUGGAAAAUAUGGAUGAGUAUGGCAUGGAUCCGAAGAGACGUCGUUAUUAAAGAUUAUGGCAAAAAAGAACUUUUUUGCUGCUUCAAUUUUUUUAAAAAUAUCGAAUAGCACAUUAUCCUAAUCAAUGUUGUGGUUUAAACAAACACUCAGUAGUGUUAAGCUCUGGUAAAUCAAUGUCCCUUCCAUUUAUUUCAUUAUGAAUUGUAACUUCAUUACUGUAAUUGGUGUAAGACAAUAAAUUUCUUUUUAUCAUA